CGUUUAAGGAGGUCAUCUCUUCUUUAUCGGGACAAUGAAGACGCUCUGUGUCCUCAGUCUUUGUCUGCGUCCCGGCCGGCCAGAAGAAGACCUGAAAGACGCUUUGUUUGAGGUGAGGUUUAUAAAUGCAUCACAGCCUCCUCCAUCCUGCUCAUCGCCUCCUUCUCCAGAUGAUGCUGCACAACUCGCACCGAGCGAUGCUGUUGUCCUGGCUGCUGGGACUCGUCGUCCUCUCCUCCCUCUGCUCAGCCAUGUUUCCACCCAACAUGGGCAGUGGAGAGUCCCCUCAGUCACCUGCGUCCUCUGAGUCCUCUGAGUCCUUGUCUGAGUCCUCUCAGUCCUCUCAGUCCUCUAAUUCCUCUGAGUCCUCUGAGUCUCUCAGUCCUCAGAGUCCUUAACUAAGCCGCCCGAGCCGUCAUCCGAGGUUCCCUGGAUCCCCCUUACUCGCAACGGGCCGCUCCCUGGCAACAUGAGUGAUUUGAACGGAUUUUUUGGAGACCCAAUGACGACCUUCUGCGACAUGCUGUGGAGCUCGCAGGUACCGAUGACCCUCGCCGAUAUUCCCCCUUCCUGCCUCUGUUCGCACUGUAAGAGCAUUGUGGGGCCCAAAGGAGACCGAGGAGACCGAGGCCUUCCAGGUUCACCUGGGAGUCCUGGGAGGAGAGGAAUGACGGGUUUCCCUGGUCCUCAAGGAUUCACCGGCCGUCAAGGGAUAAAGGGUCAGAAGGGAGACCUGGGGGAAAAAGGGUCAACCGGCACCAUCGGUUUCAUGGGCAUGAAGGGCGAACGGGGUUUCAAAGGAGACAAAGGGGACUAUGGAAUGGAAGGCCCACCAGGCUCACCGGGCCCCCAGGGUGAAAGCGGUACAUGCCCUGCUUCCUGUGAGAGUCUACCAGGUUCCCCGGGGCAACAAGGAGUGCCUGGACCAGCCGGAGCUCGGGGUCUUCCUGGGGUCCUGGGACCAAUGGGACCCAAAGGUAUCAUGGGCAACAAGGGUGACAUGGGUAUGCCUGGUGACCCCGGGAUGGACGGCCGGAAGGGCGAUCCAGGCGAGCAGGGGUUGUGUGAGUGCACGGACGGGGCAAACGGCACGGAUGGUAAACAGGGAGAAAAGGGGGUCAAAGGGGACAAAGGAGUGACUGGUGCCCAGGGUGUUCAGGGCCCCAUGGGGCUAAAAGGCCAAGAGGGCAGCAUGGGUCUCAUGGGGAUACCUGGGCCCUGCUCCCCGGCCAUCCAAUCUGCAUUCUCUGCUUCCCUCGACGUGUCGUUUCCUGCUCCAAACUGGCCUGUUCCUUUCCCGCGGGUCCUCGUCAACGUGCAGGGGGACUUCAACCCGUUCAUGGGCAUGUACAAAGCUCCCAUCAACGGCACCUACGUCUUCACCUUCAACCUGGCCAUCAUGGAGAGGCCUCUCAAGGUUGGCCUAUUCAAGAACUUCAACUCUAUGGUCAAACUAACAGAAGGAAGCCAACAAUCCACCACCAGCUACACUGUCGUCCUCCACCUCGCCAUGGACGACAUGGUGUGGCUGCAGGUGAAGGACUUCACCACCAACGGCAUCUACACCGGAGCGGAGAGCAGCAGCACCUUCUCUGGCUAUCUGUUGUACCCUGACUCCUGUGAAGUGCCCAAAGGGCGAUUCUUCCAGCCCACGCCGACAUUCAAACCGAAGGACUUCAACUGGGGUUCUGACAGCAGCACCCCCACCCCGACCGCCAAACCAUAAAGUUAUGGUCCAGUCAGUUACGUUUUAGACGGAGCAUCCACGCAAUCACCCAAUCAAACACACAGGGGCUUUAUAACUGCAACUUUUAAAAGAAGGCUAUUUGCCUCAAGCUGCCUCAAUUACAUUUAGGUCAAUUAUGUCACACAGAACAUUGAGGAACUGUUGGAUGUUGAAUAGUUUUCCAUCAGUCGACUGAAUCUGGGUCGUUCUGACGUUAUGUUUGCUUGUUGAGUCAAGUAGGAGGUCAAAGGUGAUAGUUUGAAUCCCAGUGGAUCUGCGGAUGGUCUGACCUCUAGCGCCACCGUGAGGUUGACUUUGUGUUAAAACAGUUUUUUGUCAAACAUCAUCUUCAGGUCAUCUUUUUGAUAUCCCUGAACUAAAAAAUCUAAAUCAAUCAAUUCAAUUGUCUUUGAGUUCUGGAAAACAAAUUUUAGGAUGUUUAAAGAAGUGAAUAAACAAUAGAGAUUAAGCAGGAAAACUUUUUAAAUGUGGAGGUAAAUUCACUCUCGUGAUUCAACACUGACUGAACUAUGAAAAUGUUCGUAGGCCUACGGUUGUUUAAUGAAUGGACUAAUCAUCAUAGAGGUCCAGACCCUCUCUAGCUGUUUUUACAGCAAUUUCUAUCCUCAAAAUAAACAUAUUUUUCAGCUUGCUGCAGCGUAGUUUUUGAGCCUUUAUGAUAAAAACUUUUCAAAUGUCGAUGCGUGAAGUUUGAUGCUUGAGUUAUUUGAUAAACGGUAACCAAAUCAGAUGCCUCAACAUUUUGCUUUAGUGGGUUUAUUUCAGACAAAAGUGACCGGGUUGAGUUUGACAAACCGCUCAUCGGGUUCAGAGAACACAUGUCCACUUGUUUCUUGUGUUCAGGGAAAGAAGAUCAGAAAAUGUAAAAGAAUUCAGCUUCUUCACAUUGUGGAUUGUUGGCGUCGGAUAAUAAAUCCUUUAUUUUGCUUUUGCUAGAAACUGCUGUUGAGUCCAAAGAGUCAAAGGAAACCGUUGGAGCUGAAUCGUACUUUGAGAGGUUUGUGUUUGGAUCAGUGCUGCCAGAUUGGAAUACUUUAGAUUUUUUUGCGCUGGCAGAUGAACAGUUGGUGAAUGUUGAAACAUUUUGUGAAAACAAUAUAACCAAACUAGAUGUCAUUUAAUAAAUGAAGAAACACUGAAUUCAUUAAA